CGAGUGGCUGGUCUCAGACGAUCUUGGAGGUGAACAUGCUGGAUGUGGAGGUCCUGGGCUGGUGUGGUCACAUGUGGUCUGCGGUUGUGAGGCCGGUUGGAUGUACUGCCAAAUUCUCUGAAACGCCUUAUGCACCUACAAAACACCAACGUUUCUGUUGACUGGAGUACAUUCAUUUCGCUUCUUCUCCAACAAACACAAACAAGUCUACAGAAGCAGGCAGGAUGUCUGUGACCAUGGCCAAGGCUGAUGGGGUCACUGUGUUCACUUUGACCACUGAUCCCCAAAGUUCUUGUCCUCCACUGUGCCAAAUCCUGAAGGGCCUUUGUUACAGUCCUGUGUGCUUCUCCGUGUCUCAGCACUUGAAGAGAGUCCAGAAAAGUUCUCAGUCUGUACUCGGGGCUCUGCAUAUUAUGGUUGGGUUGCUCAACAUUGGCCUCGGAGCAAUCCUCUUUAGUGGUGAUGGUAUCUCUUGGAGGAUGAGGGAUAUCGGAUUUCCUUUUUGGUUAGGAGCACUGAUUAUAUUAUUCGGUGCCAUGAGCAUUUUGUCCGAGAAGUGCCCAAGUCCAUGUCUGGUCAUCCUCAGUGUGAUUCUCAAUCUAGCAGGAGUUGCUUUUGCCCUUACAGCCAUCGUACUCUACACCAUAGAAAUAACCUUAAUUAGUUUUUGGCAACCAUGUCCAUCUUAUGAUUACUCUGAUUACUAUUCACGAUACAAUACUCCAUCUCCUCAUGAGGACAUCAUGAGAGAGAAAUGCUUACAGGGCCACGCACUGAUUCAGAUGCUUCUUAGAGGCAUCACUGCUGUGCUGAUUGUCCUGUCGGUCCUGGAGCUUUCCGUCAGCAUGGGCUCUGUUGUGUUGGGGAUCAAGGCUCUGAGCAGCAGAGAGAAGAAAGAAAACAAGAGCACUGAUGACCCAGAACCCUUCAAACCUCUGUUGGAGGACGUCACCAAUAACCUUAUGGUGACAGUCUAAAUGAAAAUGAUGCUUUAUUAUCAUCUGUUACUAUAAUCCUGUGAAUGUACACCACUGACCUUUUGUUCUGUAAAGUCCAUGAUUUACAUAAAGUAUCUGGUCGGUCAAACUUUUGGUCUUUUUCUACGUGGGUUGCUUAAAAAGAGUUGUGCUCAUAUUUUAGGUAAUGAUCUACACUAAACUCUAUAUGCUGCUGUCCAUUUUAUUCUCUGUUGAUGUUUAUUUGUUUUAAUAUAUUCGGUUCAUUGUACCUUUCUAUUGAGUAAUGUGCCUUUACAGUCAGUGUGUUGUUACAUUUGGGUAAAAGGGAGGUUCAUACACGUGUUUGUGGCACUAAUGGAUUGUAUUUUUACUUGCUAUGGUACAAUAUUAAAGCAAUAAAAGCAUUUGAUUUGCUAUGAAA